UUCACCAUGCUUCGAUUAGUUUCUACCUCUGCAGUUGCCUCACGCUUCUUCUCCACCGUCGCCGGCCGCUCUAAACUCAUCGGAGCCAUAAAUUCCGAAAUCAAAGCCAUUGAGUUGGAUAUCAUGAAAAGAAGGGGGGUGCCGGGCGAUCUCCCGUUCAUGAUCGAAGAUGACGAUAAGUACUGCCACGUCAUGCUGACAAGGGAGUUGGGCCCGGAGAAAAUCGAGGUCACGGUGAACCCGGCCCACGACGAUGGCGACGGCGACCCGCAAUUCGUUCGCAUAAACGUGUCUAUCUCUAAAGAGGACAAGGGAACAUUGGACGUGGGAGCUAAUGUUUCUAGUGAUGAAAUUUUGGUUGACAAAAUAGCAUUUAGUGAGCCCAACUGCUACAAUCUCUCUGUGAGAUUGAAAUUGGAGGGUGAAUUGCAGGAUGCUAUGAGUAAUUUUGUCAAAGUUAGAGGUAUUGAUAUAUCGAGUGUUGGUUUCUUGUACAAUUAUAUGUUGGAGAAACGCAAGCGAUGGCCUACAAUUUGGGUUCCCCCACCAAAGCCUCAUGAAACCGCUGACCUCAAAAAAUUGCAUGAAUUUGUUAAGGAUUGGUAGACUUUUUAUCAUUCAAUUCUAGUAGUAUUUGAUUUGAUGUACCAUUU